ACCUUUGACCCGUCUGAAUCUGUUACGUAGCCGGAUGUCCUGUCUUUCCUCCCUUUCUACCUGAUAGUCGAGCGGAUCCGACGUUUCGUGUCUUUUACAGACUUAAACAUGCGUUACGUUGCCGCUUACCUCCUUGCCACACUUGGUGGUAAAACCAGCCCCACUGCCAAGGAUAUCAAGAGCAUCCUUGCAAGUGUAGGAAUUGAGGCUGAUGAGGAGCGCCUUAACAAGGUCAUCAGUGAACUAAAUGGGAAGAACAUUAAUGACGUCAUCAAUUCAGGACUCUCCAAGUUGUCCUGUGUUCCAUCUGGUGGAGCCGUUGCAGUAGGAGCUGCACCUGCUGCUGGAAGUGCUUCUGCUCAAAGUGCUGCACCUGCUGCAGAAGAGAAGAAGGAAGAAAAGAAGGAGGAGUCUGAAGAGUCCGAUGAAGAUAUGGGAUUCGGACUGUUCGAUUAAUUUUGUUGGUUGAAAAGUAAAUAAAAAUAAACAUUUAAUACACA